AUGAGCAAGGCCCUGCUUGCAUUUGUAUGGAUCGCCGGGCCUUUAACAGGUACACUCGUACAACCGUACAUUGGGAUUCGGAGCGACAAUUGCCGGAUCUCCUGGGGUAAACGGAAGCCGUUUAUGGUUGUUGGCGCUGCAGCGACUGUAGUGGCCCUGCUCACUCUCGCUUGGGUGCAAGAGAUCGUCAGAAGCUUCUUGAGAAUCUUUGGCGUUGACCCUGCCUCUACGGGGACUCGGACGACGAUCAUAGUCGUGGCAACUGUCUUGAUGUACUGUCUGGAUUUUGCUAUCAAUACUGUUCAGGCGGGCAUUCGAGCUUUCAUAGUCGAUAAUGCACCUCAUCACCAGCAGGAGUCGGCGAACGCCUGGGCUAGUCGCCUCACUGGUGUGGGGAAUAUCCUUGGAUACAUUUUUGGCUAUCUCGAUCUGCCUCGCAUCUUGCCAUUUUUGGGUAACUCCCAAUUCAAAGUGCUCUGUGCGUUGUCGUCGUUGGCACUGGGCAUAACCCUGGCCAUUAGCUGUUCUUACAUCCAGGAACGGGAUCCAAGACUCGAUGGGCCGGCCUCCUCAGCCAGCCUCGGACUGGUCGGCUUUUUCCGACAGGUUUUCAAGUCCAUCAGGCUUCUGCCUCCUCAGAUCGCCAAGGUCUGCGAGGUUCAGCUCGCCGCCUGGGUUGGCUGGUUUCCAUUUCUCUUCUACGCGACGACGUACAUCGGGCAGCUCUACGUUAAUCCGAUCUUCGAACAGCAUCCGAACCUCUCGGACAGCGAUAUCAACAAGGCCUGGGAAGAAGCGACUAGAAUCGGAACAUUUGCACUGCUGAUAUAUGCUAUUAUCUCAUUUGUUGCGAACAUCGCCUUGCCACUGUUUGUCGUUCCAACUUACAAUAAGAACAGGGUCGCAAGCAAUGAGCAAUCGUGCUCGGAAAGUGCUGAGGAAGAGGAGCCGUGUCUUGAAUCGAGAAGGUUGUCGAUCUCGAGCAUAGAAGUUGGAGGUAUCCCUUCUGAGCCUCCUCUGGAAAGUCUGGGGGGCAAGUAUGUCGGGAAUGAAGAGGCACCAACAUGGUUGUCCAGACUCCAGAUUCCGGGACUAACACUGCGUCGAACCUGGCUUUUAUCUCAUGUCCUAUUUGCCGUUUGUAUGUUCAGCACCUUCUUCAUCUCUUCUUACCAAGCUGCAUCGAUAGUCAUCGGUUUCGUCGGCAUCUCGUGGGCCCUGACCCUCUGGGCGCCAUUCGCCUUGAUCUCCGCAGAAGUGUCGCGAAUCGAUGCGGAACGUCGAAUUCGGCGGCAUCAAGCAGAGAUGGCAGUACCUUCUGGAUCUCACUCUCAAGCGGUGAGCAAUGCUCAACCGGAUGCCUAUGGCAACUGCGAUGACAACAGUGACUGCGAUGACGAUCUUGAAAACGGUACCGGUCCGCGACGUGCAAAGGGCCAGGAAGAGGACGACGAGAACCUCGCCCAGGCCGGGAUUAUCCUCGGAUUACACAACGUCGCGGUCUCUGCACCUCAAAUACUGUCUAGUCUUGUGUGCAGCGCCAUCUUUAAAGCAUUUCAGAAGCCUCGGGGAGAGCCCUGGGAUGACAGUGUGGGAUGGGUGCUGAGAUUCGGAGGAUGCGCUGCGUUGAUUGCAGCCUGGCUGGCCAGUCGCCUUCGAGAUCCUGGAAUGUAG